AUGUCUUCCACAUCUCUCUACGCUUCUCCUUUCGUCGCUGGUUCGACGAACACCUCGCCUUUCUCUCUCGACUCGUUCAAGGAUCCCCAGGCGAUGCGCAGCGCUUCCUCGUCGUCCUCCAAGUUUUCCACUGAAGGUGAAGACGACGACGAGGAUGUACCCCUUAUCGUCCUGAAGACCCGCUAUUUGCUGUCCGGGCGCACCGCAAAGGUAGGCCAGGGGCUAGGGUUAAGUAUGGUGCCCGGACUGGAAGAAGAUCGUCAAGAACAGCAAAUGUAUCAAGAGCGUGGCUUCGUGUCCGCGAGCACCGCCAAGGUAGGUCAGGGGCUAGGGAUAAGUAUGGUGCCCGGACUCGAAGGCCGUCAAGAACGCAGUGUCAGCCUCCAGCGCAAGAAGAGCAUUCACCACCUCAAGGGCAGCAAGAUCAGGUCCGGUCGCCGGGGAGCGGUGACAAUGAAGAUCAUCGAGAGCUACUUCGACUAA